UAAAUUUUAUAUUCAAACUAGUCAACAUCAAGAUAUAUAUACUGAUCAAUAUAAAUAAAAAUAUUACAUUGUUCAAUGCUCCGAUCAUAUGAAUCAUGGAAGAACUUGUACAAAAAUAUCUAAAGGAUGAUGAAAAUGAGAAGGAUUCUUUAGUAAAAGAUAUUAUAUUGGCAAUUUCAACUGCCUCGGGGAGUAUUCUUCAACUUAUGGAAACAUUGCAUCAUGACUUAACCAGUACAGAUGUAGAUGUGAGAUUGAAGCCAGUCAACUUACUUGCAGCUGUGCUAUCAGAUAUACAUCCAAGCUGUUUAAAAUCGAAAGAAUCCGCAGUUAUUAUUGAGUUUUUAUGUCAACGUUUACAAGAUCAUUUUUUCCUUCAAUCUCCCACAUUAAAAUGUCUUGUAGCUUUAAGUUCUCGUGGUGAUCUUCAAGUAGGUGCAGCUGAAUCUAUUAUAAAAAUCUUGUUCAAGGAAGUGCAUGUUCCAUCCUGCAUGCAAUCUGAUAGACGCAAUGUGUAUGAACUUUUAGCCAAUCUAUUAGAACAUUCUACGACCGAAGUGAGAAAUUUAGGUGAUGAAUUUGUAUAUGGUGUAAUUACUGCAGUUGAUGGUGAGCAAGAUCCAAGGAAUUUGUUAAAAGUUUUCGAUCUUCUGUAUUCAAUUGUUCGGUCUGGCUUCGAUCUGUCAAAAUUUGCUGAGGAAUUUUUCGAAGUUGUUGGUUGUUAUUUUCCAAUAGACUUUCAUCCCCCCUCAGAUCUAUCCGGAAAUAAAGUUGUUAUUACGAAUAAAGAACUUGUCAUUGGUUUGCGUAGAGUUUUAACGUCUUCUCUGUUAUUUGCUCCAUUUUGUAUUCCAUUGAUGAUAGAAAAACUGGAAUCAGAUGUUCAAAGUGCUAAAAUUGAUGCAAUCCUGACGUUAAAAUCUUGCAUGAAUGUUUAUUCUAGUGAAGAUAUCAAAUCACAUGUAAAAUCUCUCUGGAUUUGCAUUCGAAAAGAAGUGCUGUCAUCCAAUUCUAAAGAAAUUGAAGAAGCAUGCCAUGAUCUGCUUAAAAGGAUUGUUCUUGUUUUGUCCAAAGCACCUGUAGGAGCAUCGAAAAAAUCAGAGUUAGAUGUAUUUUUAGAAGAUGUAAAAGUGUCGUGUUUACCUCAUUUAGUUGACCAUUUGCAAGAGGUAAUGGCUUGGUCAUCAUCUAAACUUAUGAUUUCAUGUUCCGAAGCUUCUAAGCGAUCUUGCGAAAUUAUUGUGUCUUCCAUGGUUCCAGUUUUGUUGAAAUCACAAGAUAAAAAAGAUAUGAUGAUCGCGGAAAAACGGUUGGCAAUGGAAGUUCUUGUAAAUGCUGUUAAGUCUACUUCAUUGCAUGAAUUCAAGGAUGACAUGGGUUCGCACCCUCUGUCAGAGCACAAAAAUGAUCUAAUUGAACUUUUCUGUGGUCGACUUUCUCUGAAUGAAUUUGUACAUUUACGUACCAUUGCGCUUGCCGGCGUUGCCGCAUUAUGUAAUUUGGGAUUACUCAUAACUCCUUCAGAACAGAUCACAAUUGUUCAUAGCCUGAUUAACUGUUUGAAUAAUGAAAAAGAUUCAGCAAUUCUUAACGAUUUACACAUGACAUGUGGAUUUUUAUCCUCAAAAUGGCCUGAUGUUGCUUUAGCACAUUUGCUACCAGUUUUAAAAAUCCCUCUAACAGGAAUAUUUUCCAUAAAUCAGCAAGACAAAACUAAAUGUCUUUCAACAAUAUGCAGUAUUUCGACUCGUAUUGAAGUAACAUCUAUAACAUGCGAUUUGCUUAUGGAACAAGUUUUGUCAAGAAACGUGGAUGAGAAAAAUGUCUCAACGAUACUCGCUUGCUUGGAUUCAUUGUAUGUUAUUGUGAAAGGAAACGUCAAAGAUAAAAGCACAGUGGAUCAUUUCACAAAUGUACUUGUAUUUCCUCUGAUUGAGACUUGCGUCAAAUUAUCUCUUGUACCGUCUCUCCCCGAACAAUGCUGCUCUACAUGCAGCGAUCUUCAGAGUUUUUCUAGUAAUUGUAUAACGUGGCCAAUCAUGCAAAAAGCUUGUGAAAUUUUAAGAACAAUUUGUCAACAAUUAGAGCCUGGAAAAAUUGCAGAUAACAUUUGUGUAAAUCUGAAAAAAAUAUUUCUGGAUUGUGAUCUGGUCUCUCUUGAUAUCAAAAUAGACAAAUCUACGUUCAACCCAUUUUUAUUCACUAAGUUACCACUGCAGACAAGGUUGAUUUCUAUCCUAACAGCGACGAUUUGUGCAUUCCAUAACAAAGUUUUAUUUCCAUCCACUGACACAUUCCUGGAAAAACUGCUUCAUCUUUGUGGAGAGACAAUUGAUCAACCAUCAUAUGCUUCCGCUUCAAAAUGUAUUGCUGGCAUCAUCAACAAACAAAAAGAGCCAUCUACAGCAUUUCUUGACAAGGUGCUUCAAAUCAGUGAUUGUUUAUUUGACGAUUCCGUUUUGGUCGAAAGCAAAGUUGCAAUUUUAAGUUUGAUCGUUUGGGUGACGAAAGCUCUUGUUAUUCGUUCUCAUUCCUACACUAUGAGAUAUGCAGACAUCCUUUUUCAACUAUUUGCCACCGAAAAAUGGGGGAAAAUGGCAGCUGACAGUUUUGAUAUUAUUUUAAGGGAUUCUGAAGAGGUUUUGAGCACAUCUUGUCACGCUGUUGUUCGUCUCAUGUAUAAGCAAAGAUUUUUUCAAUCAGUUUUGCCAAAAUUAACAACAGGAUUUCAUGACACAGAAGAAAAACAGAAGUCAAUGAUGGAAACCGAGCCAGUAACAGAAAAUUCCAAUUUGUUAUCACAGACAAAAGCUAAUUACUUAACAGCAUUGUCACACCUAUUGAGGUAUCUUCCAAAACAGGUGCUAAAUCAACAUUUAUCCAGCCUGUUACCAAUGUUGAUAAAAUCUCUAAACAGUGAUGAAGGACCGUUGCUUGUGUCUGUGCUUUCCACUUUGUAUAAUUUGACUCAAGAGGCUAAGUCAUCUGUAGAACCUCAUGUUGAUAUGCUAUUAGAACAUUUUGUCAGAUUAUCGAAUUUCAAAGCUAAUAUGCACGUUCGCAUACAGGCUUUGAAAUGUAUUGGAGUGAUGACGCUUCUUCCGGUAAGUUUAGUUCUACCACAUAAGAAGAAAACAAUACGGUUAUUAUCCUGUACUCUUGAUGACAAAAAACGAUUGGUUAGAAAAGAAGCUGUCAAAGCUAGGACUGAAUGGUGCCUACUUGGUGACGUUUAAUAAUAUGGGUUGAGAUUUAGUCCACUCAAAGAAUGUUGGAGUGUGUUAGUCAUGUUUGAAAUAUUUUUUAAAUCCAAUAAGAUCUAUCAAUUAUCGAUCUAACCUGCCUUCUUGCGAUGAGACAUGUUUUAUCCCAAAUCAAAAAUCUUCCAAAGGUGCUCAAAACAUGAACUGUGUGUAUAGCAAGGCUUUUUGCAAAAAUUAGGGUACUCUCAUAGUGUGUGUACCAGGUUAGCGUUAGGUCAUAAUUUUAUUCUGAUUUUCCUUAUUUUAGUUCUAUUACGAGUUCGGGGAUUGUGUGUAUUAGCCAAGUGAAUAUACCGCCUGCCCAUAUGUUUCAGUCUCUUUGCACAACUUGAUGUAAAGCAGGCAAACAAAACUAGUUACCUCAGAUUGGUACACACUGGGGCGCCAAAAUUAGGAUUUGUUAAAUUGUUAUGUUGUCCCAGAAUAUACGAGUGCGGUGGCAAAUUUGUGCCUGACUCUGCUUGUAUAGGCUCUUGUUUUUGUUUCUCUUGUGUUUCUUGGAUUUAGCUUUCAUUCUCUAAUACCGUCUACCUGCCAAAGCAUGCUUUUGUGUCACUGCCAAGAUGAAUUUUUGAGUGCUUAAUUGAACUUAUAAUAACACAUCGUAUCGGUAACGUUUGCUUUAUGAUCCAAAAAUUAAAUGGAGUUCACUUGUAA